AUGUCGUCUAAUGCAGGACAGAAUCCGCCUUCCGCCAAAGCAAUAAAUAUCCCAAAUGCCCCGGCCGCACCUGCAGCAUUUCACUCAACAGCUUCAAUCGAUAUCAACACUCAGCGGCGUGUAGGGGGCUCUGGGAGUUUUGGAGCAGGGUCGUCAUCAAGGAAUCUGCCCACUGCAAGGAGCACUCAGGGCCGAAAGAACCAACAUAAACACCAGAAGAAACCUCGGUUGUUGGAUGAUGAUGAAUAUAGCGAAUCGGCCGUGAUGAAAUCAACAAAUAGCCGCAAAGGACAAACGUCCAUCACUCACUUGAUGAACUUUUCUCUCCCACCGCGCCCACAGUAUCAACCACCGCCUCGCAACACUCGACGCUACAAUACAUGGGGAGCAGGAUCAGGAUAUCAUGCCGUAGACAAGGCACGCUAUGUUCAUGCCAACUACCGAUUCAUAGUCUCCCCGGAUCGAAACUACCAUUCGCAGGCAGCCAAUGCCGAUGUUCACCUGGAUUGGGCCUCAGUUCUUCAAGUGCUAGUGUCCGCACAGACCCAAGCGGCGAGCUGUCCCAUUUGUCUAUCAACGCCUGUGGCGCCACGUAUGGCUCGAUGUGGCCAUAUAUUUUGUCUUCCCUGUCUCAUUCGGUAUAUGCACUCGUCAGAUGACGACAACUCGGCCCCGGAAAAACGACCUAGGUGGAAGAAAUGCCCGAUCUGCUGGGACUCUAUAUACGCUUCCGAGGUUCGUCCUGUUCGAUGGUUCCGCGGGCAGGAGGGCGAUCUUCCCUUUGAAGGGGGGAUGUUGUUCUAA